GAAAGUUGUACUGUGCUGCAGCCUAUCUGAAACUUGGUAAACUCUUCCGCCAUUCCCCACCCAAAGUCGAGCUUUAGCCCCAAUGCGCUGCUCCGGCGGCCCCUCGGCGCCUCUCCGGCCAGGUGGCCGCACCCUCAUCGUCCUCCUCCCAGCGGCGGCUCCCCCGUUCGUGUCCAGCCAUCGCUCGCGCCCUCGUCGACCUCCUCGCCUCAUGUGCGCCUGCAGCUGCAGGCUUCCUUCCACCGCUCAAGCACCCCGCCUCCAAGCGUUCUCUCCUACUCGCCCCCUUCCUCCUCCUCCCUUCUGCUGGACUCUUGGCGUGGGGACCCGGACGAGUUCUUCUUGUCCAGGUUGUGUAGCUAGCCCAACUGUUGCUAAAGUGGACAACGACACCGAGAGUGAAGUCGCAAUGGGGUACACGAUGACCCAAAUCUGUGAUAAGUUCAUUGACUUCUUCAUGAAUAAGAAACCACAAACGAAGGAUUGGCGAAAAAUACUGGUGUUCAGAGAGGAGUGGCGAAGAUACAAACAACAUUUCUACAAGCAUUGCCAAGUGCGCAUAGACACGGAGACUGAUUCUUCAGUGAAGCAAAAGUUGGUUCUACUCGCUAGAAAAGUAAAGAAGAUCGACAAUGAAAUAGAGAAGCACAUGGAACUCUUCGCAGAGCUCCGUGAGAAUCCCACAGAUAUCAAUGCUAUUGUUGCGAGAAGACGAAAGGACUUCACUGGGGAGUUCUUCCGCAAUCUUAAUUUUCUUACAAAUGCUUAUAAUGGCCUUGAUGAGCAAGAUGCAAUUGUCAGGCUUGGGGCUAAGUGCCUGUCUGCAAUUCAUGCAUAUGAUUGCACACUGCAGCAGUUGGACAUUGAUUCUACUCAAGCAAAGUUUCAUGAUAUACUGAAUUCUUCUUCACUAGAUGACGCCUGUGAAAAAGUUAAAAGCUUAGCUAAGGCUAAAGAACUUGACUCAUCUUUAGUUCUCCUGAUUAAUAAAGCUUGGGCUGCUGCAAAAGACUCUAAAACUAUGAAGAACAAGGUCAAGGAUAUAAUGUAUCAUAUUUAUACAACUACCAAGGAGAGCCUCAGAAUCAUCUCACCACCAGAGAUGAAGCUUCUAAAGUACCUACUGAAUAUUGAAGAUCCUGAAGAGAGAUUUGCUGCUCUUGCAACUGCUUUCUCUCCAGGAGAUGAGCAUGAAGCCAAGGAUGAAGAUGCUCUUUAUACAACUCCGAAUGAACUCCACAAAUGGAUCAAAAUGAUGCUCGAUUCAUACCAUCUCAACAAGGAGGAGACGGAUUUUAUGGACGCGAGAAAGAUGAGCGACCCAGUCAUCAUCCAGAGAUUAGUUCUGCUCAGGGAGACAAUCGAGGAAGAAUACAUGAAACAGUACAUACACCCCGAGAACGAAGGAUCGGAGGAAGGUUUGGAACAGUUGUGAUCCUGUACAUGGCUGAUCUCUGGGACUUCGAAGAAAGCCACCGGCCGGUCUAGAGUUUGCAGAGAAGAUAAUUUUGUAGCUUGCCUUAUAGUUAAGGGACCCCUAUAGUUAAAGAUCAAUCAUAAUUCGCAGCAUGCUACUCUCUCCGUUUCAUAAAGAUUGACACGGCUUCGUACUAGAGCUAGUUAAAAGCCGCGCCGGAGUAGCUAGCAAUGGUUUUACAGCCUUCAAGGUAGUAGUAGGUAGGUGGCUUUGGUAGGUUACCUUGGAAUAUAAGAUCAGGUUUAGCUAGAACUCCACGUUUACAACUGCAGGUGUUUAUACAUCUGGGAGUGAAACAUGGAAUCACAAACUUUGGCUCC